AUGGGUGGGGGCGGCGUGCUCACGCGCGACGCCAGUCAACGCCGAGUCAAGCUGCAGACGCUGCAGAUGAUGUACUUCCUGGAAGGAGGACUGCUCAUGGUGGGGAACCUGCUCCAGACCGACGCCUGGGUGAACGACCAGCUGCGGACCCACUGCAGCGUGUGCGUGCAGCAGUUCCUCCCGUUUCGACGACGCCAUCACUGCCGGACGUGCGGCGAGGUGGUGUGCGGUGGGUGCUCGAGUCAACGCGCCAUCCGGCUGACCGACAUGAACGUCGAGUGUGAGACGCGAGUCUGCACGUUCUGCAUCAUCCGCGCCACGGACACAUCGAUCAAGGCCAACGAAGCUGCCCUGACGGAGACAAGUCUGGAGCCCCAACGACUCUCGACCGUAUCGGUGCUGAGCCUCGCUUCGACGGCGGUCCGCCCUGACAAGCGGCUUACGCUGCAGAGCGCCGAGUCGGAGCUGACCAGGGGGAGUGUCGUUCAGCUCUGGCCGCAACCGGUGCCUGCCAACGAGACUGCGCGUCUCCGCGUGGCCAGACACUCGACAAUUCGGUCACCGGAAGCCGAUCCGACCAUGAACUUGCUAGUCAACAUCGUGGCGCGCACUCUCGAGUGCCCCGCAGCAUUCAUCGGCAUCAUGGACGACUCGUCUCUUUGGGUGAAGGCGAGCGUGGGCUUGGACGAGCGAAUAACCCACAUCCCGAGAGAUGGUUGCGUAUGCGCCCACACAGUCAUGCAGGACUGUACGAUGAUCGUCGACGACACGAGCGCCGACAAGCACUUCCACGCGGGAGGUCACGCGGUGGGGAGUAGCUCGAUGCGCUACUACGCUGGGGCCCCGAUCCGCGUACGGGGCCACGGGAUUGGCGUCGUGUGCGCUCUGGACACGGAGCCCCACGCGAAGACAACCGAUGCAAUGAAGUCGACCCUCGAGGCGGUGGCCAACAUCGUUUCCGAGGUGCUGGAGCAGCGCGUGGCGUCGGACGGUACGAUGAACUCACCGUCCGACGUACGCAGCGGUGCUAGCCUCUCUUGCUAUCGACGAGAUCACGCGGAUGUGGAUCUACACGCGUCACUACGGGGACUGAAUCUGCUUCCUCCGUCGCGGCAGACGGCUUCGUCGCGAGGUUCAAAUAGUACGGGCUCGGCGCGUCCAACCUCGAGCACGCAGCGCCAAUACGCCAACAAGAUCACGGUAGCAAUGGACUACUUUCACCACCUGCAGAGAAGCACCUGGGCGGAUCAAGAUACCGACUCUGAUUUGACCAACAAUGGUUCUAUCACCACUUUUGAGCUCAACAGCAACGGGAAACAGUUCACGAGGAGUAUCAUGAAGAUGACGGGGGACUGCACUCACGUUGCCACCCAGCUUCUGAACUACGAAGACGCACUGCUGUAUCCACAGUUCUUCUCACAAGUUUCUAACCGACGCGAGUUGAGCGAGAACACUUGGCUAGACAGCGCUGAGCUGCACCCCAGCAUCAGCUCAACAUACGGCGAUAACCUACGUGUGUUGACUCACCGACGAGAAUAUCCCGACGGGAGCAACGUGGUGGUGGCUAUCAGCGCGAAAAAUGCCCAAGAAGUGAGCGAGGAGGACCUGAUAUUUGGCUGGUUCAUCGUACCAUGCAGUUGGGGCGACGACGAGAGCUUCGUUACUGUAUCGUGCAUCACUGCGCAGUCAUACAGCAUCCAGCCGAUCGAGCAAAACCUGAGCCUCGACUUGCUUCGACGGCUCAACCAGAAGCUUGCUAUGUCUCGCUUCUUCCAUCUCCCAAGUGGCGCUCCUUGUGUUAGACCAUCCGCGCUGCGAAUCAAGUUGCCGCCUGCUACUGCUGCUGCCGUUGAGGGUAUCUUGAACACGCAUGGUGCCAACUCCAUUGCCAGCAGUGAUGACAGCAGCCUUGGACAAGGCAGCAAUGAGCGAGACAGCACCGUCGCCAAUACGAGUGGAAGCGUUGACUACACCUCCCGUAGCAACAUCGAGCGCCCCAACACUGGUGACGUCCAACCGGAGGACAACCGCGCUGCUCUCACUGCACUCCACAAGUCCGGCCAGACCUCGGAGCUGAACCAGAACGAGCAAAUGCUGUUGGAUCUGCUAGACAAGACCAUCAGCACCCAGGAGAUCCUGGCUCAUCGACAGCAUGAGAUGGCCGAUAUCCUUGACACCCACGGCAACCAAUUGCAGAGGCUUUCUACAGCACUCGAGCGGGUGGAGUCGCUGCUCGCGCUGAAGAAGCUGGCCAAGAAGCCCAACCAGUCGUCCGCCGCGGCGUGA